AUGAAGUUCCCGUGGUCCAAGCCGGCGCAGCCGCAGAAAUCGGUUUCUUCAUCUGAAUUUGGUGUUCGAGAAGAAAAUGCUGCAGCUCCGUCAGACAAUAGAGCGUCUGCGGAUAUCGUGAAUCCCGAGAAGAUGCCAGUUCAGACAGAUUCAACGGUCCACUCGAAAGGGGAUCAAUCGGGCGAAUUUCCUUCACACCCAACUGUCGCCCCUUUAGGAAAGAAGUCUGCGGCUGAUGACGAGACAGAGAAGAGCGAAGAAUUGACCCGCACGGUGUCGUCAGCGGAUCCUGGCCAAUCCGACGAAGCUGAGUAUGCCAAAGGCCUCCCUCUCCACCUGUUGACGUUUGGCCUCACUCUUUCCACCUUCGUCAUUGCCUUGGACAACACGAUCAUUGCCACCGCUAUCCCCCGGAUAACCACCGUGUUCAACUCCCUGGACGAUGUUGGGUGGUAUGGCUCGUCGUACCUGCUGACGACCACAUCUCUUCAACCGUCGUUUGGCAAAGUCUACACCUAUUUCAACGUCAAGUGGACGUAUAUGUCGGCAUUGCUCAUAUUUGAACUCGGUUCCGUUCUAUGUGGUGCGGCAGUCAAUUCGACCAUGCUGAUCAUUGGUCGAGCCGUGGCCGGAGCGGGAGCGGCGGCUUUGUUCUCUGGUGGAAUGACUAUCAUCGCAUACUCUGUGCCCUUGCGGAGAAGACCAAUAUAUAUAGGGCUCUUGAGCUCCAUGUUUGGCAUUGCUUCCGUCGUCGGACCCAUUCUAGGAGGCGCAUUCACUGACCGUGUAUCAUGGCGCUGGUGCUUCUAUAUCAAUCUCCCCAUCGGCGCCAUUGCCAUCACGGCCGUCUUCUUCUUCUUCAAGAAUCCUGAUCGUAGACACAGCAAUUUGACCUUCAAACAGAAACUCGGCCAGAUCGAUCUUCUCGGCUCUUUCUUCCUCAUCUGCGCCAUCGUCUGUCUUCUCCUCGCUCUUCAAUGGGGAGGUACCACCUACGCGUGGUCCAAUUCCCGCGUUUGGGGCUGUCUUCUGGGAUUUGGCCUCCUCAUCAUUGUUUUCACCGGAAUACAACUCUGGAAGGGUGAUCUCGCGACUCUGCCGCCGCGAAUCAUGCUCAGACAACGGACCGUAUUCGUCUGUGCAUUCUUCUCCGCAUUCCUCGCCAUGGGCCUGUACACUCACGUCUAUUACUUGCCCUUCUAUUUCCAAGCAGUCAAAGGCACAACGGCCGAAGAAUCUGGUAUUCGUACCAUACCCUAUCUGGUCAGCAUCACUCUUUCAUCAAUCGUGGUGGGCGGAAGUGUUACCGCUCUCGGCCCGUACGUCCCAUUCACGUGGGUUGGCUCUGCUAUUUUUGCCGUCGGAUCGGGUCUCUUGUACACCCUCGAAGUCCACUCUUCCUCUGGAACCUGGAUCGGAUAUCAGAUUCUUGCUGGAGUCGGAGCAGGCGCAUGCGUUCAGAUUCCCUUCAUCGCCGUCCAGGUGGUAUUGGACAAGAAAGACAUGCCCGUAGGGAAUGCCGUGGCCAUUUUCUUCAAUUCUCUAGGGGGUGCUAUUUCAAUCUCCAUUGCACAAAAUAUUUUUUCCAACAGCUUGGUCCAGCAGAUCCCCAAGUACACCACCGGGGUCAAUCCCGCCGUCAUCAUUUUGGCCGGUGCCACACAUAUUCGCGAAGUCACUCCACCUUCGCAACUGGCGGGAGUGUUGUAUGCGUACAAUAUUGCUGUGACAAAUUCUUAUAUUUUGGCGAUAGCAUGUGCGAGUAUUGCGUUUCUGUUGUCUUUGGGAUUCGAAUGGAAGAGUGUGAAAGGAAAGAAGAUUGAAAUGGGGGGAGCCGCAUAG